AAUAGGCGGCUCAGCGAGGCAAACGGGCACCACUCCUCCGCAUUCCGUUGAGAAGAGUCGUAGCCAUCCCAAUCCCAGCCAUGUCCAAGCUUUGCAUUCUUCUGGGGCUCGUUGUCCUCGUGGGGGCCAUUGGUGUGGACGGCAACAACCGUCGUCCGCCCUGCGCGGGCCGCUGCACCCAGAAGGACCUGCUGAGCAGCCGGACCGUGUGCGUUCGGGACAGCCGCACCAACACGUGCACCAGGCUGCUGCCCUGCCGCCUGCGAGAGAAGAACUGCUCGCGGCGCGACAACGGCCUGGAGCCGGUGAAGCAGACUUGCGUCACGCGGUGCCGCAACAUAGUCGGAGGCAGCGGCGCCUCCGGGCGGUGCGCUCUCCGUCUCCGCACCCCGGCGCCAGUCAGCGCCGACGGCAAGCGCGUAAGGGAGUGCCAGCAGCGUUGGUGCCUCGAGGACAAGGUCGCCAGCUGCUGGAAGAACCGCCAGGGCGGCUGCAGCGUUCAGAGCCGCUGCGAGGCCAGGCGCAGGAACUGCUCCAGGAAGCCCGGCAACCAAUGGAUCUCCACCGAGCAGUGGCGCUGCCGCGGCAUCACCCAGGGCGAGAGUGGCCGCCGAUGCCGCACCCGGCCCAUCAUCAACAAGUAUUAGAUCCCCACUAGACCCCACCGCACCGGAUGGCCGAAAUACCGAAAUACCGAAAUACCGAAACUGUGGCUGAAAUUCCGUGAAUCCGUAACUUAUUUUUUUCCCCCGUUGUAUUCGCUGUUCACUGUCUUUGAAAUUCAAAAUGUCCAUAAAUAUUUCAUAAUGUGCCAACAAUAAAAAUAAAUAUCAUUUUAUGGCA